CUUGUAAUUCAGGAGUUAAAUCGUCGUUUUCCACCGACAGGUCACGAAACAUGUUUUCGACAUGGAUUUUGAUUGGUUCAUUGGUUCGACAUGUACACGCUUGUUUACAUUUUUAACCAAUCAUUAUCGGGAAUGCCCUUGCUGUUACUAAAAAUAGGAUAAGCAUAUGUUGUAUCGAAGCGGAGUAAGAUACGCGAUGUCGAAAGCUAGGCAUAUCUGACGUUUUUCAUUCUGUCAGAGAAUUAUUCAUGGAAGCACCAAGAAAUUUAGGAAGUCAUGAGUUUCGUUUCUUUCUUGUUAACAGCCCUCAGUAAAUUCCAGAAGUCACCCAACACAUUUAUACCCGUCCAUAUGCAUAUGCAGCUGCGUCCUCGAAAACACAACCAACUGACAAUAUGGCACCUCCCAGAGGAAGUCAUCCUCUAUAUCCUCAAAGGCUUCCACAUCAGAGACAUCCUCAGUAUGAGGACGGUACACUCCUACUUCCGUGACGUUAUAGACGACAGCUCACCUGUCUGGGCGAUGGCUAGUUUCCAAGACAACUGGCCAAUGUGUAAUAAUCUUCACCAUUUUCAAAGAGCUGCAAACCUUGGAAAUAUAGAAGCACUAAUCAAGCUAGCCAUUGCCUACCUGUACAAUGAAGGAUUGCCAGAGGACGACCGUCGUGUGACCAGCAAUGGUGAGAAAGCUGCACACAUGUUCUGUAAGAUGGAGGGCCUCACUCCGGGAACUGACCCAUUUUCCUGGCUUUUCAUUCGUCCUCCUUGGUCGCGUAAUGGCGCCUGCUGUAAGGAGUAUGUGUUUACACACAUGAAGAAGUAUUUAGAGGAGCACCCUGAUAAUGGAGAUGUACAGGUUUGUGUGGCAAAGACUGUGUCCCUGCUGGAAGAGGAUGGAAGUGGCGAAACUCAAUUCUACCUCCAACAGGCAGCCAAGUAUAGGUCCGGAGUAGGGGCCUACCUCCACUGGCAGCAGCAGUGGCAGCACCGAGUGUGUGACCGCGCCUCUAGACUGGAAAGUAUACGACAGCUGCGGCAAGUUGCAAAACUAGGGCACAUGGAAGCACGUUUAAACCUGUGUAAAUUCUAUGCCAGGGAAAUGUACUGUGGUGUAAGUUUGGACCAAGCAGCAUUCACCGUCUGUGACUUUAUUCAUUCCGUCUCACCAAGCAACAUCCAGAGCUGUUUCAAAACUUCAAAUGAGCUGACACCAUCGAUGCGAUACAUUCUUGUAGAUUGGCUGGUGGAAGUGGCAGGAAUGAAAGAUUUCUCAAGUCAGACUCUUCAUGUAGCGGUCAAUGUGGUGGACAGAUACCUCAGGGUUCACAAGACAACACGCUCAAAACUACAGCUUCUCGGGGUGGCUGCAAUGGUCCUCUGCUCUAGAUUUUUAGGUAAAGACAUAAUCACAAUUCGUGAGGCUGCAUGGCUAACAGACAACACAUACAAGUAUGAAGAUGUUGUGCGAAUGAUGGGCGAGAUCACGGCCACACUGCGUGGUAAAAUCAGGGUCGCAAACAGUUUUGAUUUUGUGGAGCUGUUUUCUUUGUUAGCAAAACUGGAUAGGAAAAGUUCAUUUCUGGCAGAGUAUAUCUGUGAGUUGUGUCUGCUCCAGGCAGAGAUGGGCCAGUACAAGCCAACAGAGAUCGCUGCAGCGUCAGUCCUCCUGGCACGAAUACUCACACGACAUGAUGAGCCGUGGCCUAAGCGUAUGGUUCAGUUUACUGGUUUUACUAUAGAGGACAUCAGUAGAUGUGCCUUCCAUAUACAUGAAAAAUGUUUCCUGGAAGGAUCAGUGGUCGACCACAGAGAUGUCACACUACAGGCCGUCAAGCUGCGGUACUCGGAUAAAAAGUUUAUGGAAGUCAGUGAGAUGGAGAUCAUGAGCUACGAAGAGCUGUGUGCUAUGCUCGGUGUAACAGAUCACAUACAACAGGGACUUGAUGUCUGUGUCAAAUUCAAAAACGAUGACCAACUUAUCCUAUCCCCUUCAAGAAAGAAGCGCAGAUGUGAUCGGAAGUUGCCGUGUGUGGAGGGUCGUGAGAAUACUGCGACCCCCUCCAUUGAGCAGUCUGCUAUCAUGGACGAGUUAGGGCCGUGUGUGGAGGGUCGUGAGAAUACUGCGACCCCCUCCAUUGAGCAGUCUGCUAUCAUGGACGAGUCAGUGCUGUCCGGCUAUGAUGGUGAUAAAGAGGACGAUGAAGUCGACAAAGAUGACAGUGAUGACUCAUUUCUGGAAUACGAUGACUCAAGUGAAGGUAUAAAAUGUGAAGAACUGUCUAAUGGUGCUCAGGACUGGCAGAGUGCUGCACACCUGGCUAAUGUGGGAUAUCAACAGUUGUCUCCCCUGCGUGAAGCUGUCUGUAGUCAGGACAGUAGGUCAUCCUCGGGUGUGUCCUCACCAGGAUCAUCUGGGGGCGAGGCCAAGCUUAGUCCACUCAUUCCCCAUUCUUCCCUCGGCAUAUCAGGUCAUGCCUCGCAUGUGUUUGGAGGUGUCUGUGUUCAAAACAGUCCUUUAGCUGGCUCAGAGGGCAGCAGGACUCAUUUCUUUCCUAAAGGUGCUUUGACUGGGUUGGUUCAAGGAAGUGUAUCAAGCUACAUGACUCUAAGGAGAACAACUAAGAGGAAAAGUAGACAGCUUCUGUCUGAUCCUAGCUCAGCACAUAAACAUUAAUGACACAGGAGUGACUGAGAGAGAGUGAACUAGGACCCCAUGAUGACACAGGAGUGACUGUGAGAGAGUGAACUAGGACCCCAUGAUGACACAGGAGUCUUACAUUGCUGUCCAGGGAGUGAUCCUGACACCAGUCUUACAUUGCUGUCCAGGGAGUGAUCCUGACACCAGCUAUGACCGAAACCUAAAACCUACCAGUUAGAUUGGAUCCCCAGUGUUAGGGCGAGUAUGAAUGGAGGCCCAGUGUUAGGGCGAGUAUAAAGUAAGAGAUUUUCAGUGUAUGGAAGAAUGCAUUACUAAAAUAUCACUGAUGUUGUAAUAAUCAUGUAACUAAAAUAUUACUGAUGUUGUAAUAAUCAUGUAACUGAUGUGAUGUGUAUAAUCUGUGUUCCAGAUUUUAUUUCCUCUAGCUCAGAGUAGAACACUUCUGCUGUGCAUUUAUUUUAAACCUAUUUUAAAUUAGUCAGAGGGAUCAUUGUGAUUAUGAUCAAUCAGGAUAUUAACUUAUCACCAUCAGGGGGAUCAUUGUGAUUAUGAUCAAUCAGGAUAUUAACUUAUCACCAUCAGGGGGAUCAUUGUGAUUAUGAUCAAUCAGGAUAUUAACUUAUCACCAUCAGGGGGAUCAUUGUGAUUAUGAUCAAUCAGGAUAUUAACUUAUCACCAUCAGGGGGAUCAUUGUGAUUAUGAUCAAUCAGGAUAUUAACUUAUCACCAUCAGGGGGAUCAUUGUGAUUAUGAUCAAUCAGGAUAUUAACUUAUCACCAUCAGGGGGAUCAUUGUGAUUAUGAUCAAUCAGGAUAUUAACUUAUCACCAUCAGGGGGAUCAUUGUGAUUAUGAUCAAUCAGGAUAUUAACUUAUCACCAUCAGGGGGAUCAUUGUGAUUAUGAUCAAUCAGGAUAUUAACUUAUCACCAUCAGGGGGAUCAUUGUGAUUAUGAUCAAUCAGGAUAUUAACUUAUCACCAUCGGGGGGAUCAUUGUGAUUAUGAUCAAUCAGGAUAUUAACUUAUC